UCACUGGUAGUGAAUCACUUAAAAAGUGAAAGAGUUUCUCAGCGUCCGUUUUGUUGCUGUUGGAAAAGCAAAAAAAAAAAACCAAACAAACAAACUCAGCACCAGGCAGAAACGGUGACAUUAAUGUCACACAACAUGGACUGUUGACUAAACGAGGGUAAGUAAUUCCAGCAGAAGCCAUCAGCAUCUUCAGGACUCAGCUGAGUGUCCACGAGCUGUCUGUGUAUACACUAAUAUUCAAACAUGGAGACCCCUGACCUGGACACAGAUGAUGUGACUCCACCCUCGAAAAACCAUAAACUCCAGAGAAAGAGAUCAGACUCACCGGAACCCAGCUGUGUCUCCAUGAAGAGUGAUGAGUCUAUGCAUUCUCCUCUGUACUUUAAAAAUGGAAACCCCUCGUCUGGACACAGUAAACUACAGAGAAAGAGAUCAGACUCACCGGAACGCAGCUGUGUCUCCAUGAAGAGUGAUGUGUCUAUGGAUUCUCCUAAGAACUUUAGAGAUAGAGACUCCUCUUCUGUACACAGUGUUCUACAGAAGUCAGGAGACAGAAGAGAAAAGAACAUCACAGCUACAGGACACGACCCAGAACCUGCUGCUGUAAAUGAAUUCCAGAAAAUGUUCAAAUUAAAUCUGAUGAAGAAAUUUCAGUGUUUAAAUGGAGUGCUGAUAAACCUGGAAAACCGAACACUCCUGAAUGAGAUCUACACAGAGCUGUUCAUCACAGAGGGAGACAGUGGAGACGUCAAUAAAGAACAUGAGGUGAGACAGAUCGAGGCAGUAUCCAGGAGAACAACAACAGAGGAAACACCAAUCAAAUGCAAUGACAUCUUUAAGGCGUUACCUGAUCAAGACGAACCCAUCAGAACUGUGCUGACAAAGGGAGUCUCUGGCAUUGGAAAAACAGUCUCUGUGCAGAAGUUCAUUCUGGACUGGGCUGAAGGGAAAGCAAAUCAGGAUGUCCACCUCAUUUUUCCACUUCCUUUCAGAGAGCUGAAUUUGAUGAAGGACCAGAAACUGAGUCUGAUGGAUCUCCUUCAUGUCUGUUUUAAGGAGACAAAAGAAACAGAAAUGUCCAGUUUGGAAAAGGUUCUGUUCAUUUUUGAUGGAUUGGAUGAGUAUCGUUUUCCUCUGGAUUUCCAGAACACAGAGAGAGUGUGUGAUGUAACUGAAUCAGCAUCAGUGCUUGUGCUGCUGAUAAACCUGAUUAAAGGGAAUCUGCUUCCCUCUGCUCUCAUCUGGAUCACCUCCCGACCAGCAGCAGCUGAUCAAAUCCCCUCUGAGUGUGUCCAUCGAGUCACAGAGGUACGAGGGUUCAGUGACCUACAAAAGGAAGAUUACUUCAGGAAGAGGAUCAGUGAUCAGAGCCUGGCCAAUAACAUCAUCACACACCUGAAGUCAUUAAGAAGCCUCUACAUCAUGUGCCACAUCCCAGUCUUCUGCUGGAUUUCAACCACUGUUCUAGAGAGAAUGUUGGAUGAAGCAGAGAGUGGAGAGAUCCCCAAGACUCUGACUCAAAUGUACACACAUUUCCUCAUCAUUCAGACAAACAUCAUAAGAGAAAAGUACUCAAAGAAGCAGGAGAGUGGUGAAGAAAUGCUUCUCAAUCUGGGACAACUGGCUUUUGAGGAGCUGAAGAAAGGCAACCUGAUCUUCUAUGAGGAAGACCUGAGAGGGUGUGGCAUUGAUGUGAGAGAAGCAGCAGUGUACUCAGGUGUGUGUACUCAGAUCUUCAGAGAAGAGUUUGGACUUCACCAGAGUAAAGUGUACUGCUUUGUUCAUCUGAGCAUUCAGGAGCAUCUCGCAGCUCUCUAUGUGCACCUGACAUUCAUGAUGGAAAAGAAAAAUGUUCUUAAUCAGUUCUCUGACCAGUUGACUGAGGAAAUUACAAUCUCAGCUGUCCACAAGAGUGCUGUAAAUCAGGCCUUAAAGAAUCAGACUGGACAUCUGGAUCUUUUCCUCCGCUUUCUUCUGGGUCUCUCACUGGAGUCCAAUCAGAACCUCUUACAUACCUUAGUAACACAUACAGGAAGUAGCUCCCAGACAGGACAGAGCAACACAGUACAGUACAUUAAGAUGAAGAUUAAUGAAGAUCUUCCUACAGAGAAAUCCAUCAAUCUGUUCCACUGUCUGAAUGAACUGGGGGACAAUUCUCUAGUGGAGGAAAUCCAACACUACCUGAAAUCUGGAAAACAAAGUGAACUCUCUUCUUCACAGUGGUCUGCUCUGGUGUUUGUCUUACUGACAUCAGCAGAGGAACUGGAGGAAUUUGACCUGAAUAAAUAUAUCUCUACAGAUAAAAUAAGAGAUGAGAUUCUUGUGAAGGUGAUGCCUGUGAUUGCAGCAUCCAGAAAAGCAAUUAUCAGGUGUGAUACAAUUCAAGAACGUGGUUGGUCUGCUCUGGCCUCAGUGCUCAGCUCAGAAAUCUCCAAUCUGAGAGAACUGCAUCUGACUGUGGAUACACUGGAUCUGACUGGGAAUACACUGGAUCUGACUGAGAGUAAUCUAGGAGACUCAGGAGUGAAGUGUCUCUCUGCUCUACUGGAGAAUCCUCAUUGUAAAGUAAAAAAUCUGAAGUUGUAUGAUUGUGAUAUUUCAGAUGAAGGCUGUGCUGCUCUGGCUUCAGCUCUGAGAUCAAACCCCUCACACCUGAGAGAACUGGAGCUGUUUAUGAAUAAACUCGGAGACUCAGGAGUGAAGUGUCUCUCUGCUGGACUGGAGAAUCCUCACUGUAAUCUGGAGAUACUGAAGUUGUGUGAUUGUGAUAUCUCAGAUGAAGGCUGUGCUGCUCUGGCUUCAGCGCUGAGAUCAAACCCCUCACACCUGAGAGAACUGCAGCUGUCUCUGAAUAGACUAGGAGACUCAGGAGUGAAGUGUCUCUCUGCUGGACUGGAGAAUCCUCACUGUAAACUGGAGAUACUGAAGUUGGAGGAGUGUGAUAUCUCAGAUGAAGGCUGUGCUGCUCUGACUUCAGCUCUGAGAUCAAACCCCUCACACCUGAGAGAACUGGAUCUGUCUAUGAAUAAUCUAGGAGACUCAGGAGUGAAGUGUCUCUCUGCUGUACUGGAGAAUCCUCACUGUAAACUGGAGAUACUGAGGUUGAGUAAUUGUGGUGUCUCAGAUGAAGGCUGUACUGCUCUGGCUUCAGCUCUGAGAUCAAACCCCUCACACCUGAGAGAACUGCAUCUGUCUUUGAAUAAUCUAGGAGACUCAGGAAUGAAGUGUCUCUCUGCUGUACUGGAGAAUCCUCACUGUAAACUGGAGAUACUGAAGUUGCGUUAUUGUGGUGUCUCGGAUGAAGGUUGUGCUGCUCUGGCUUCAGCUCUGAGAUCAAACCCCUCACACCUGAGAGAACUGGAUCUGUAUGAGAAUAAAUUAGGAGACUCAGGAGUGAAGUGUCUCUCUGCUCUGAAGAAUGAUGAACAUUACAAACUACAGUCACUGAUACUAUACACAUCUGAUCACUAAGUAGAACGACCUGUGAUCCCUGGACAAAAUUUCCUCAAUCCCAAUGAAAACCUGAGGGAUUAUUUGGAACAGCAGGUGAAAAACCACACGAACUCCAGCUGGACCCAGUCAGUGGAAGAUGGAUCUGAAAUGGACAGGAACAGUUUCAUGGCAUUGGUGGGAUUCUCACCUGACAGGAUUAGCAUCUGAGGAGUUUAUGUGAAGAAGCCCCUGGGAGACUCACUGCAAGUCACAUUUAUCACUCUGUCCUUUAGCUGGUAUUUAAUAUAGUGUAGAUUUUUUGGUUCCAGGAUCAGAUCUAAUCUGUUCUUUAUUUUCUCUGAUAUCUGAUCCCCAUUUCUUUGCUAGUAUCAGCUGAUCAUACCCGGUAUGGGAUCAGUGCCAUCUCUAUUACUUAAGUAUACACUACUUGCAAUAUUUUGCAUAAUUGUGUCAGUCAAAUACAGUACAUUUUGAAGAAGUGAAUAUGUUGUAUCUUUGUAUUAGACUACAACUUGAGAAGAAUACAGUAGACACUCGGAGGUAAAGUUAACUCGUGUAUUAACCAGAGCAAGAGAGAAACAUAUCAAUGCGCAUGGCUAAUUACCAAUCAGUAAUCAAUGCUAAAGGGAGUGAUUCCACUUAAAGAAAUAGAUCCUCUCUAAACACUACAGUCUUUAGUACUGCUGGAACAACCCUAGAUGGAAAAUGAUGGGAAGUGGGGAACGGACACAGAGCUUAUGUUGAACUUCAGGUUAUAAACCACAAUAAUGCCUCCGCCUCUAACAGAUAACCUCGGGAGAGCUAAUACUCCAAAUCCCGCUGGAGUGAUCAUUUUCUUUAUGCCAUGUUUCGGUUAUAAUCAACAAGUCCAGCUUUUUUAUCAGUAAGAAAAUCCGAUAAAAGCAGGGCCUUGUUAUUCACGGACCACGCACUGAAUAAAAUUUUUACAUAGACACAUACAAAGAAAUGCUGUAAAGCAAAGAUUUGCAUUAUUAUAUACAGAGCAGUAAAUAGUAAUUGAAAGGAAAUUCUCUUAUAUCAUGUACUCUUAUAUUAUGAACUGUAUUAAGACACCUUGGAUACGGGGAAUACUGGGUUAUAGUUUCUGUUUGUGUGUCUCUCUGCUAUCAAAUACCUAUGAUGAAUGUAUACAUUUAAUUAGCUCUUUGAAUAAGCUGCCAUCCUUUAAUAUAGCUGAAACAUGUAGACUUAUUUUGUAGUAUGACCCUGUGCGCUGUGUGUUUUGUCUAUCUGUCUGGCCCCUGCACCAGUAGAAACCCUCCACACACUGCUGUUAUCAAAGUGUACAAUGUAUAUAAAUACUUCUGUUUUGAAUGAAUAGACCAGAAUUCUCGGUGAACAUUCGCAUGUGUCAGUGUGCGUGUUCAUUCGGACUCUCCAGGCCUGAACUCUGCGGUAAACCACACUUUCUAGCUCAUAGCAGCACAGAACUAAAAGUUAAUAGAGUAAUGGUAGAACAGGCUGAAAGGGCUGACGGAGGACUGGAAGACAUAAUCUGAGAUUUGAGGAUUCCCGAGAUACAUGGAAAUCCAACAGUAAUAAAUUAAACAAAGUCAGUAUUUGGUGUGACGACCCUUUGUCUAAGGAAAAAAGUAUUCUCAGGUACACUUGUUCAGUUUUAUAAUGAAAUUUGCUGAUAAGUUUUACUGAGCAUCUUGGAGAAUCCGCUGCAGUUCCUCUGACUGUCGAACUCAUGCCUGUUUUUGUUGCUAAUGUAGCUAGAAGUCAUAAAAUCUCUAACAAAAUACAGUUUGUACAUUGUUGUGGAUAAAAAUGACAUGAAAUAAAAACGAGGGAGAUUGAGUAUGAGUAAAAAUGUAAUUUUAUUGGUAAUUCACAGGACGGGUGGGUGCGUAGUCUGGAGGAGAGUAAGAGGGGGAGGAAAAUGGGGUGCGUCCUGGGGACAUGGGGAAAUCAGGGUGGGUGAAGUGAGCGGACCACUGAGAGUCGGGCGGACUGGUGGGUGAGAAGAGGGACAGAUGGUCGGGGCCCGGAUCGGAGAAGACAACAUCAUCAUCCUCGGAUUGGAAGCUGGAGGGGGGUUCUGGGUCUGACUGGGUAGAAGCGUCAACACGCACGUUCGUGGGGCAGAUUCUGUACCGAAGAAGAGGGGGGAACCCCGGAUCUCCAUUCUUAGGGGGGGUGCUGCGAAGAUAGUUAAGUAGCAUCAUGAUAUCAGCAGUGAGAUGCACAAGCUGGUAAUGAGUGUCCAGAUCCAGGUCCAAACCCUGAUCCAGGUCCAGUAACGGAGAGAGAGGGGACUGACGACGGGCACCGGCACCUAGACACAUAGAAGCGGGAUUAGGCGGAUUGGAAUUACGAGCAAUUUAAGAGCAGUAAUAGUAAAAAAGUCAAAAAGAAGUGUACGAGCUGAGGAGUGCUAAAAACACACACACUCGUACCGUCAAGGGCGGGCAGGUAGACACAACAUACAUACACACACAUGAAUAACUUUAAUAGAAUCUUAUAGUAAUAGAGAAACUCUAUAAAAAAACAGAAUUGUAGGAUAUGCAGGACAGUAGAACUGUAAUGAUAUUAAGAAGUUGGAAGUACAGUAAACCGCUUUUCAAGUAGUAUAAAUAUAUAUAAACUAAGAAAUAUAGUGCAAAUAUGAAAAUAAAUUAUAAACGAGAAAUACAGGAAAAAAAGGAAAAUAUAACUUACUCAUGAUUCAGAUGGUGAAGAUUCUCGUCUCGCAAGGAAAGCCUUAAUUUUUAGAGAACCAUGAAGAAAGCCAGUUAUAAGGGUGGCUGCCCCCCCCCCCCCCCCC